UUUUGCAGUAUAUUAAACUAUCCUAAGAAAGUAGAGCUUUCCACUCAGUGUCACAAUGUCCAUAAUUGCUUUAAAAGGGCAAGAAAUCAGAGAAAGAAUUGUCAAGCGGCUCAUAAGCAGCGUGCACGGGGUGACUGCUGUUUGUCUUCAACAACACAAUUUUAUCGCAGAAUUGAACUGUUUGAAGCACAAACUCUAAACUACUUUUACAGGAAAUUUUCUUCAGAAAGUUUACGGUCACAAGAGGUCUUAAAAAAAUAAUAGCCAGAUUGACAACAUGAAUUGCAGAGGUUUAAUCAGGCUAUGGUGCAAGAUGUCAAGGCUGAUUUGUCGAAAACCAGCAAAAUUCACUGGUUUAACAACGAUCGCGUCAAUCAGGGACGAAAAUACUCGUCACAAACAUCAAUUUCAAGCGAUUCUUCAAGCUCACUUUCUCCUGACUUACAAGAUGACCUCUAUGAUGAGAUUCUGAAUGAGCUAACACAAUCAUGCACGUCACCAGACAUGAAAGAACAGUUCAAAUUUGCCCCUUUAGCAACAAAUAGAUUCGAAUCAGACACAAAUCUUCAGAAGAGCACAGCACUGUCCCGAACUGCAGAUAUUUUCAACAGCCAAGGUAAUGCCAACGGUGGUCAAGGCAGCAUUAUCACUAACGUUGCCACUAGAAACAACAGCAACAACAAUGACAACAACAGGAAUAUCGAAACAGAUUUCAACAACAACAACAACAACAACGAUCCAGACGAUGUACAGAAGAGUGCGUUUGUUUGCAAUAGAGUUUCCGCGACACAUCAGAUAUGGCCGAUUUCCUCGUUCUUACCUAAUUGUCAGCUACCGUUUCUUGGCAAUGAACGGUUUCCUCAGUUUCAUUCUGGAGGGAUGCCCGAUCUUUCUAGCCAACCGGAUGUUAAUGGCCAAAAUGGUGUUAUUUAUGGCAGGGAAAGGAGCGUUACUUUAGAUGCUGAUGAGCUGAAAGUAAAAUUUAGGCGAAUUGCGGGACGUAGUUACACUGGUCCAGAAAGUACCAUUUUUGGCAACAAGAGAAGCGAGGAUGCUGACAAGAUCGUAAAUCUCAAGGGAGAUUCAACAGAUAAGACAAAAUAUGUAUCACUGAAUAAUAGAUUAGCUCGCAAGAAAGAAAUGUCCCAAGCUACAGUUCACGACAGAGGUGCGUACCAUACAAAGGAAAAGAACACAUCAGAAAGCUGUCACGAAAAGACUAAGAAAUGUCCAGAAGAAAAAGCACGCAGAAAAAAGGUAAAGGCGAGAAUUGUGGAAAGUAACAAAAAUUCCAGAAGGGAGAAGCAGUAUACUAGAGCUAAAAAGCUUCCAAAACUUUUAAGAUUUCUCAAAAUGAGUAUCGAAAAUGAAGAAAAAUAUCAGUGUCUACAGUGGACUGACAAGGCAACAGGAACUUUUAAAAUAACUAGCACAGAAGCUUUGGCACACUUAUGGGGCGUGACCAAACGAAAGCCAAACAUGAAAUACGAGCACCUUGCGCGCACGUUACGAGGUUACGUCGGGCGUGGUUUGCUCCGAAAACCAAGGAAGAAGCUGAUUUAUCAAUUUGCAGACGACGAAUAGUUCAAUAUUACUGAAGCGAAGUCUAACGUGGUAAAUGGUAGAGCAACAACCAACGCAAAACUAUAGUUUGGCUAAUAAACAAUACUACAUAUUGCUUCUUUAUUAUAUUGUUGACUUGUUCUUAGGCUGAUUGAAGGCCUAUGCUUUUUCAGCGUUAUUUUAAAGUGCCAACUUCUUGGUGACGGAUGCGAUGCUAGGGCCAACAUUGAAUACCACAGUUAGCUUGAAAGAAACCAAUGAACGUUGCGCAGAUAGAACAAGCAUUCGAUAGAAUGGACUAAUUUUACGAACUAGGAUUCGAAAUAUUUACAGGGCAUAUCUACAAAAAAUAAGUUUAAACAAAGGUUUUUUUACCUAAAUGGAAACAUAGAAAUGAAUGCACAAAACGUUGGUAUGUUGACUUUUUGAUUACGCGUAAAAAUAUUUUAAUUAUUUAAGUACCUUCCUAUCUAAUACGGUCUUCUUUGUAAUA